AUGAACUCGCUUUACGAGUUCCGAAUUUUUGGUGGAGGGUGGGCUUUCCUUGACGAGGCCGUCCAGGCCUUUUUGGCCUUGGGGGAAGAAGUGGGCAAGAAGAGACACAACACAGCAGCAUCACCCGCUUCGCUUGGAGUCUGCUGUGCAGUGCAGGUUGCAAGAUGGCGCCGGGCCAAAAGGUCUAUAGUGCGUCUCAUUCACAAUACAAUUGGUGACACCAUAAAAUUUGUGAAGUUCCAUGACUUCUUUGGCCAGAUCGGAACAACCCCUCAGGAGAUUCCAAAUGGCCAGUGGGGAAUGUUUUUGCGAACCGGCAACGGUACAACCCCCUUUCAAUCUGAAGGCGCUGUCGUCUAUCGUUGCAAGAAUUCGGCCGGGAAAGAGUGUGAUUGGAUGAUGUCUUGGUCCAACACAUAUGGGCUUAACCAAUGCAGGGCAACUUCUCAAGUGAUUGCUGGACAUAUAUAAAUAUUGGAUAGUCGA